ACCUUCCUGACACUUGAUCUCUAUCAAUGCACGCUCACUGAAUGCUCUAAAGAUUUAAACUUCAGUUGUCUUCCAAGACUGCACUUUUUUUUUAGUCUUUUUCAAAGCAGUUCGUGACAUCAGGCAUUUAACUUCUCAACAGGUAGAGACUUGAACGCUCAGGCGGAGGCAGGGCUUUGCCUUUAAGUCAGAGGAGCUUUGAGAGCUCAGGCAUUCAACAUCUACACACAUUAGGAAGCGGUUCAGAACUGUGAAAGAUGGAGAAUAUAAGCGACAUCAACUGUCAGGAGAACAUCGACCAAAGCAGACCUCUGUAUAUUUUCUACUCUUCUGUGGUUGUGCUGGAGUUCAUCUUGGGUCUCCUGCUGAACAUUUCAGUUAUCCAUCUCUUCAUCUUCAAGCUCAAUUUCUGGAAAUCGAAAACCAUUGACAUUUUCCUGUUCAAUCUGGUCCUGGCUGACAUUUUGUUGCUGAUUGGAUUGCCCGUAAAGGCGUAUAACUUUCAGCAAUGUAGUGAAAAUAAGGUCGUGUGCAAAGUACAGCUCUUUCUGCAGUUUCUCAACCGAGGAGCCAGCAUCGCUUUCCUGACGGUCAUCUCCAUUUAUCGAUAUUUUAGCGUAGUCCAUCCAGGGAAGAGGAAACGCCACAUGAUUUUGAAACGAUCUCCUCAGAUUUCUAUAUUUAUCUGGGUGCUACUGGGAAUUUUGACUAUUCCGGCCAUGUUGCAAAGUUUCAUCAGGUGCAAAAGCAAUGAAAGCGACGAGGAGUUCACCACUGUCGUUCUACUGAGGGAAGUUGUGUUUUUUACCCAGAUUCUGAUCCCCUUUUUGGUUCUCGUGUUCUGCUCAAUACUGAUUAUCAAAAGACUCAAUCAGAAGUCGGUGGGUGACAAGAACAAGCUCCGGAGAGCGAUGUUCCUCGUCACUGCGGUGGUUCUCGUCUUUGCUGUCUGCUUCUUGCCUUAUACCAUUACAAGAGCGGUGCAGCUAAAGAAUGGGCAUGUAAUGAAAGAGGAAAAAGUUCCUGUCGUCAAACUGUACGAUGGGUUUGUUUGUCUCUCUUAUCUGAACUGUCUGCUGGAUCCAAUCCUGUACUGCCUGAGCAGCAGUAAAUUUAAGAAGCUAUACAUGUCGAUGUAUCUCCCCUUUCUGCUGGAGAAGGAACAACCCGAAAGUUCAGAUGACACUGCGGAUGAGUGAACCAAUGGAUUCUUGGAAAGACUGUUGAGGGGAAUUUUUUUUGUAGUAAAUUAUUUGCAAUUGUAUUGUGUUUAAUACAUUUUGAAUAGUUCACUUGACAUCAUGUC